GGCGCCAACACUGACAGCUGAUUUUGACAACUGUGAAACGUCAAAAAUCAGUACUGGCAACUGACGUAAAAUGGACUUCCUCUUUUUCGAUACGUUCGCGUUCGUGUAAAAUUGUUAAAAAUUUUCACAAAAUAAAUCUUAGCCAUGGUGCGUAUGAACGUAUUGGCCGAUGCCUUGAAAUGCAUUAACAACGCUGAAAAGCGUGGCAAACGUCAGGUCCUCCUCCGUCCCUGCUCCAAGGUCAUCAUCAAGUUCUUGACUGUCAUGAUGAAACAUGGCUACAUUGGUGAAUUCGAAAUUGUCGAUGAUCACCGAUCUGGCAAGAUUGUUGUCAAUCUUACCGGUCGCUUGAACAAGUGCGGCGUCAUCUCUCCCCGUUUCGAUGUUCCCAUCAAUGACAUUGAAAAGUGGACCAACAACUUGUUGCCAUCUCGUCAGUUCGGUUAUGUUGUUUUGACCACCUCUGGCGGUAUUAUGGAUCACGAAGAAGCCAGAAGAAAACAUUUGGGUGGUAAAAUUUUGGGUUUCUUCUUCUAAAUGCAGACAAAAUGUAACAACAACAAAAAUCUACGCUUAAAUUCUGUUGACCACAAAAGAAGGAAAGCGGCAUCGUUGCCACCAAAACCAAAACACAACGUCAACAUGUGUUUAAUUUUCUGUAGAUGUUUGUUUUUUAAUUAUUUUUAAAAAACAAACGUUUUUUU